CCCUCGUUGCUGUGAUAUCCGCCGCUCGCUUCGUUCCUCAUCCCUUUUUUCUUUGGUUUUCUUCGACUCAUCGACACGGGUUUUCUUUGGAAAGAAAUUGGAUCAGCUUAUUUCAAUCUUUCCGUCCUAGAAACCUAGCUUUAGCCUUCAACGUGAAUCUGUUCUCGAGGCAUUGUUCGCUCGCUGUCGAUGCGGAGGGAGAAUUUGUUCGACUCUAAGCCACCUUCGGAUCUUUGUUUCGUCCGAUUCUUCUUCUACUGAGUCCGCUUGCCUGGGAUACUACUUUGAUACUUGAAUAACCCGUUGAUAGGGCUCUGAUGGCUGCCCAAAGAUUCCAGUGUUUCCAGCCCGAUCGCCUUGGUUCAUUUUCGUUAUGGAAUUUACAGUACAUAGCUAUGCGCUUUUGUCUAACGAUUCUGAGGUCCGUUUUUAAUUGAGAAAGUUCGAGGAUUUGCUGCAGAGAAAUAUACCGACCACUACCAAAUAUUUGCAGCUCUUUUGCCAACUUGUUACUUUAUUAGGGACCUGAGGCAUAAUUUAUCCGGCAGUAGGGUCGACUCCUCCGAAGAAUUAUGAUGUUAAGGUUUUUGGCUUUCAGGAGGAGCGUUAAACUAGAGAAUUCAACGGUAGCAAGCAAUAAGUGCACAUAUUUUACAGGGAAGAGCAUUGAAUCAGCUGUUUCUGUUGGGUUACCAUUAUCCUUCUCUUUCAAAGCCUUUUAUCAUCAAGGGGCUUUCAUCAAAGGGAACACUCCAUUUUUAAUUAAAGUAAAUGUAUCUAAGGUAGUUGGUUUUCCCAUGCCAUGCAAAGUUUACCAGUGGCAUGGUUUAUUUAAUAGGGGUAGCACAUCAUUUGCUAGAAAUACAAUUCAGGAAAAUCUUGCUCAUUUCCACUGUGUCAAGAAGUAUGCCACCUUGUCAGCCAGCAGCGUUCCAAGGCAUUUUGUCCAAAUGCUGUGGAGAAGGCAUUUUGCCAUGAGCCCUUACGAAGGUCUUACCUCUACUCUUGCAAACAGGUUUGCAUUUGCUAUAAGCUUGCUCUCUACUAGAUUUCAUCUUGCUCGAAGUGCUAUUGCCUUUUGUGCCAGUGAAUUAGCUUGGAUGAAAACGGCAUGGGCAGAUAGGGAUUAUUUUCCAGACAGCAAAUCCUUAUACAUGCAAGCUCAAGAUAGUCGUAUUUACAUCACCACUUUACUCUUUUCAGUAUUGGAGUGUUUUAUAUUAUUACUAAGAGCUGCUUAUUUGGCAAUUUUGUUCUCACCAAUCAUAUUAAUGGCACCAUUGGCAGAUAGUUUAGGAAUCCAGUAUAGGAAAAUAUGGCUCUACCUUGUCCACCGCACUCUGGAGAGAGCAGGGCCUGCAUUUAUAAAAUGGGGUCAGUGGGCUGCUACUCGCCCUGACUUGUUUCCUGGAGAUCUCUGCAAUGAAUUAACAAAACUUCAUAGCAAAUCACCUGCACAUAGUUUUUCCUACACGAAAAAGACUAUUGAGGGAGCAUUCGGUCGCAAGCUUUCUGAUAUUUUUGAAGAUUUUGAAGAGCAACCUGUAGCAUCUGGAAGUGUGGCCCAAGUCCAUCGGGCAUCAUUAAGAGUCAGACAUCCGGGACAAAAGUCCAAGCGUGCUGUUGUUGCUGUAAAAGUGAGGCAUCCUGGUGUUGGAGAAUUAAUUAGAAGGGAUUUUUCUUUAAUAAAUGUGGUGGCUAAAGUCUCAAAUUUUAUGCCUGGCUUAAAGUGGCUUCGCCUUGACGAAAGUGUGCAGCAGUUUGCUGUUUUUAUGAUGUCUCAAGUUGAUCUUGCUAGAGAAGCAGCUCAUUUGAGUCGUUUUAUUUACAAUUUUCGUAGCUGGAAAGAUGUUUCUUUCCCAAAGCCUCUCUAUCCAUUUGUGCAUCCAGCUGUGUUGGUGGAGACUUAUGAGCUUGGGGAAAGUGUUUCUCAUUAUUUGGAUGAGCUUGAAGGGCAUGAUCGGUUAAAAAGCGCUCUUGCACAUAUAGGAACUCAUGCACUCCUCAAGAUGCUCCUGGUGGAUAAUUUUAUCCAUGCAGAUAUGCAUCCUGGAAAUAUUCUUGUCCGAGUGUCUCAAUCCAGACGUCCAAGUAAAGGGUUCUUCAAGUUGAGGCCCCAUGUUGUUUUUCUUGAUGUAGGCAUGACAGCUGAACUUUCCAGUGGUGAUCGUGUAAAUUUGCUUGAGUUCUUCAAAGCUGUUGCUCUUAGAGAUGGCCGUACUGCGGCAGAGUCCACAUUGCGACUAUCCAGGCAACAGAACUGUCCUAAUCCAGAGGCUUUCAUUGAGGAAGUUGAGAAGUCAUUUUCCUUUUGGGGUACCAGAGAAGGUGACCUUGUUCAUCCAGCUGAGUGCAUGCAUCAGUUGCUUGAUCAAGUUCGGCGUCAUAAAGUUAAUAUUGAUGGCAAUGUUUGUUCUGUCAUGGUGACAACUUUGGUUCUUGAGGGUUGGCAGCGCAAGCUUGAUCCAGACUACAAUGUUAUGAAGACGCUUCAGACAUUGCUUUUCAAAGCUGACUGGGCUGAGUCUCUGUUGUACACGAUUGAAGGGCUAUUGGGUUGAAUUUCUCUUCUGUUCUUUUCAACAAAAAAAUUUUGACAAUUGUAAAUGCUGAACUUUUUUUUAUAUUUACGAUGCUCAUUUUAGCUUUUUGCUUGCC